GGGAGGGGCGGAUAAAGAAUCGGGCUCCUGCGGGGCGGCCGCCCCUCGCUCCGAGGUCACCGGCCCCGACCGGCACGGCACGGACCGGGCACCAUGGCAGCGCCGGAGAAGGAGGGGGAAGCCCAGAAGCUGCGGUUCGGACCGUGGCUGCUCAACGCCAUCAACAGCGGGAGCUACCGGGGGCUGCGCUGGAUCGACUCUGCCCACACCAUGUUCCGCGUCCCCUGGAAGCACAACGCCAGGAAGGACAUCACCAGCAGUGACCUGGAGGUCUUCAAGGCCUGGGCAAAGGUCAGUGGACGGUAUGAGGAAGGCUCCGAGGACCCGGCUAAGUGGAAGACCAACUUCCGUUGUGCCCUGAGCAGCACCCACAUGUUCAGGCUGGAACAUGACCAUUCCAAGUGUGGUGAUGAUCCCCAUAAGGUCUUCUCCAUUGUCUCAGGUGAGCCUUGCCCCAUGGAAGGGCUGUGUUGGGUGGGGUGGGCAAUCUCAGGACCUCCCAUUCCAGGUGCUCUCCUUUCAGCCACCCUUCAGGACAGCAAGGAGGGAGAUUCCAGCAUCCUGAACCCUGUGGUGGGCCAGCAGGAGGGAGAUUCCAGCAUCCCAAACCCUGUGGUGGCCCAGCAGGUGGCACAAGAGCAGCUGCAGCUGGAGCUCCACCCCCAAGACAUGGCCUCAGCAAUCACUGUUCCAGAGAGCAGGGACCCCACACAGCUCUCGCUUCUGGAGGAGCUGUUGCAGCAGUGUGACAUCUCUCCCCACAACUUUGACUCACUGGCCACAUCCUGGGUGCCCGCAGGUGGUUUCCCUGCAGGGGACACACCCUGCCAGGACACCUUGCUCCAGCCUUAUGCAGACACCAGCCAAAACAGCUGCCUCCCCCCCACAACGUUUCCACAAUGGGUGUCCACAGUGGAGCAGCCCGCCUUGGACACCUACCAACCAGUGGGCCUCGUGCCAGCAGAGGAGACAGGGGCCGUGCCACCGCCGUGCCCCCAGACGGAGGGCAUGGUCCCCGUGCGGUACGCGGCGGAGGCGACGCUGUUUGUGUCCGCUGCCAGCCCUGUGCCACAGCCACGGCUGCUGUGGGCUGACAGAGAUGGCAUCCUGGAUGUCACCAUCUACUACCGGGGGAAGGAGUUCCAUCGGGAGGUGGUUGGAGGCAGCCACUUCCUGCUGACGUACCAGCUCCCCAGCCUGGUGGAGGCCCCGUGCCCCUGGCACGUGGUGCACUUCCCCAGCCCCGCCAGCAUGGCUGACAGCAAGCAGCGGCGCAUCACCGAGGAUCUGCUGGGCGUCGCGGGGCUGCAGCUGGAGAUUCGCGCCUCCAAGGUCUUUGCCACCCGCCGGGAGAAGUGCAAAGUGUUCUGGGCCUUGUCCCAGCAGCUCGAGGGGGUCGAGGAGCCCCCACCCAACCUGCUCUGCCGGGACCAGGAAACACCCAUCUUUGACUUCAAUCAGUUUUGCACGGAGCUGAGGGACUUCCACAACGGCCAAAGGCGACGAUCCCCUGAUUUCACCAUCUACCUCUGCUUUGGGCAGGCCUUCUCCAAGGCCAAGCCUAAGGAGUCCAAGCUCAUCCUGGUCAAGCUGGUGCCCAAGAUCUGUGAGUUCUACUAUGAGCAAGUGCUGCAGGCAGGAGCCUCCUCCCUUGACAGUCACACCAUCAGCCUGCAGCUCUCUGACUCCUUUGACCUCAUGGAGCUCAUUGAGCAGUACAACAUGCAGCUGGGCUGACCCCACCUGCCCUCCUCCCCCUGGCCCUGGCACAGGCAGCAGGACCACUGGGCAUCCCAGGCUCUACAAAACAGCACCCCCCCAAUCCAAGGACAGCUUCACCCAAGGACCAGUUCUGGAGCUCACACACUGCUUUUCCCCUCAGUCAGCUUCUAGUGUGUGUUUUUGUGGAGUGUGGUAAUUUACUGAUUUCUUAAUUUUUCCAAGUUAAAAUAUAUAUGUAUAGAAAUGUA